AUGCAUGCAAGAUUCCCUGAAGAAUACUUGGACUUGAACUCAGCAAAAGAAUUGCCUGAUUCCCAUGCAUGGAAACCACUUGAUCAUCAUGAUCUCCCGUCAGACAGUGCAUGUAAACUAGAGUCUGUUCCAAUUAUUGAUCUCAAUCACGAGAAUGCCAUGGAACUUAUAGGAUCUGCAUGCAAAUCAUGGGGUGCUUUCCAAGUUGUUAAUCAUAAUAUUGCCAUGAGCUUGCUUGAUGACAUUGAGUCUGCAGGAAAAAGGCUUUUCUCUCUUCCCAUGCAGCAGAAGCUUAAAGCUGCUCGUUCGCCGAAUGGCUUGUCCGGUUAUGGGGUUCCUCGUAUUUCAUCUUUCUUUCCCAAACUCAUGUGGUCUGAAGGGUUCACCAUUUCUGGUUCACCACUAGAACACGCCCGUCGACUUUGGCCAGACGACUACCACAGAUUCUGUUACACAAUACAAGAUUACGAAAAAGAGAUGAAUAAGCUAGCAGAAAGAUUGAUGUGGCUUAUGCUUGGAUCAUUGAACAUCACAAAAGAAGACAUGAACUGGUCUGGCUCAAAAGGAGAUCAGUUUCAAGCAGGAUCAUCUUCAGUUAUACAUCUAAACUCUUAUCCAGCUUGUCCAGAUCCCAACCGGGCUAUGGGGCUUGCAGCACACACGGAUUCAACCAUUCUCACCAUUCUCCAUCAGAGUAACACAAAUGGAUUACAGGUUUUCAAGCAGGAUUAUGGGUGGAUAAAGGUCCCUCCACAACCUGGAGCUCUGGUAGUUAAUGUAGGUGAUCUCUUACACAUUUUGUCGAACGGGUGGUAUCCCAGUGUCCUCCACCGGGCGGUGGUGAACCGGACCCAACAUCGUUUGUCCAUAGCUUAUCUAUAUGGGCCACCAUCAAGUGUCAAAAUCUUUCCAAUUCCAAAAUUGGUAGACAAGUUUCAUCCCCCACUCUACAGGGCAAUCACCUGGGGUGAAUAUCUUGGGACUAAGGCCAAGCAUUUUGAUAAAACUCUUAGAUCAUUACAGGUUUGUGCUCCUGGAAGUGAAUUUUUCGGGGCCAAAUGA